UUUCGAAAAACAAAAUGUCAAGUUCUAGCGAUAAUUCCUUGCCAUAUUUACCAGAUAACGAUUCUCCUGGAAGUUCAGUUUCAUCUUCGCUUCAAAAGGAGUACGACGAGCUCUUAAAAUAUGCUGUUGUAACGCCGAGACUUCAAAUAGGAGAGAAUGUUUACGACCGAAAACUUGAAUCCCAACCGUCAAACAAAGGGGACAACCAUGUACAUUUUAGCGACGUAUCCGUAACUUCCUUGUCAARCUCUGAGUCUAAAACUUCGGCGAGUGAAAAUACACAAAGUACAUACUCCGAAGAAUUAUCUUAUGUUGCCAGAGAAGGCGUUGCUGGUCUUCCAAACUCGCCAGUCGUCCAACCAGCAUCAAUCUCUUUGAUUGGACAAGGGAGUCUUGCCAGAGAUUCUUUAUUGAAAGAUGUAUCUGGAACCCCCAAUGAAAAGGGCCAUCAAACCCAAAAUGAUGAGUCACCAUCCUCUGAAUCACCCUCAUCAGAUCAGUCUACAGAAUCACCAAUGAAUGGCCAAGGUUCUCCUACAAUAGACGCUGACUUGRCAAGAAUGGAAGCAUUGCUGGACAGCUGGUGUUUGGACUUGAAGAGAAAUGUGUUGGCAGAAUUAGCCCAAUGCAAGAUGGGUUUAUUUGAGAAACAAAAGCAAUUAAUACUGCAAGAAAAACGAAAACACCAUGGUGAUAGRAAUAAGUUACUAAAUGAGAUGGAAAGUCAGAAAGAGUUGCUUUAUACAUAUGAACAGUCCAUUCARCACAAGGACAGUAUUGUUGCUAAUGUAACUAAUGCUUUGCAACGACAGAGAGAUAAAUUUGAACUUCUAAAAGGGUUUUCUCAUUGGAAAAUAAAGCACAGUGAUGAAACGAGAGAGGCUUUCACCAGCAAGCUGUCCAACAAACAYUAUAACCACACACUUCAGGCCAAAGCAUGGAAAUCAUGGAGAUACUUAAUUCAAUCAAAGUGGAAACAAAGAGUGGAAAAAGCAUGUCAGAGUAAAUCACAGGAAGUUUGUAUCAAAUUAACAGAGGAUUAUGAAACAAAACUAGAAAACGUAAACAGYGAGUUAGAAAAUGCAAGACAAGAAAUCGCAAGGUUACACGCUGAGCGUGAAGCAUAUGAAGAGACCAUGAAGAAGGCGUUCAUGAGAGGAGUCUGUGCUUUGAAUCUUGAAGCCAUGACAAUGUUUCGUGAAGGAGAAGAAGGAGGAAGGCAUGUUCCAUGUCCAGCUUCCGAAACAGCAGCUUCCUCUACUGGACUUGUAGGACACCAAGGACCUGUUAGUUCCAUCUUGGUUCAUCGACAUACCUCUAAAGACAGCGAGGCCCCCACCCAACCUCCCAGACAACCAGCAACUACGAGCAUGCGCACUUCCAAAUCGCGUUCUCUUCCCGUCAAGACCGUYCAUUCGACGCCGCUGAAAGUCGUACACUGAAUGCUUAUYAAUAACUUGGACGAUAAUAAUUAUGGACGAGUGAGUACUGGAUACAAGGUUAGCAAACUCAAGUUUAAGUUAAUGUAGUUAAUGUGCAUUUAGUAAAGUUAACCUUGUUGCCAGUCAGUUUCCACGGACAAUGAAUAACGAGUCUAAAGUAAAGGGGACACGUCGUAUACUUCCUAAAUUGUAUGUGAAUUAUAUUAUUAUUCAGUUCUAGAAUUGAUCAGUCGGAAAACAUAAUAUUCUACGCCAAUUUAAGAAAUGUUAGAAUGUGCUGUUGAUAGUGCUUCAAAGUAGUUAAAAGUGAAAGAGCGCAAAUCUGCUAUUAUACAACUGCUGUGAAUAAUACCUUAUAUUACUAUAUCGUGUUUUAAUAAAUGUUUUUAUCUGUA